AUUGUUUAUCAUUUAGUUUUCGCUGCUAGAGGGCAAGAAAAAUGAAUAUAGAUUAAUUACAGUAUCAUAGCUUUAUAAUGUCAGGAGACACCGAUGGGGAUUUCUCUCUAGUUUGUAGGGCGGAGUUUGAAUGAGGUCACUGGUGAAAUGUGUCGGGACUAGAAGAAACAUCCCACACAGCUUGAUUGAAGUUAGUCAUCAGUGUGUCUGAGUUACGGUCGCACACUUUUAAAUGGACAUGGAGGAGCUCAGUAACAGUGUUUCACUGUCGCCUAUAAUCCUCACCCUCAUCGUCCGUUGCCUGCUGUGUGGAUUCACACCUGUUAAAGGAACAUUUGUAGUCAAUGUGACACAGACCUCCUAUCAGGCAGAGGAGAACCACAACAUCACACUGGAGUGGAUGUUCACCACCAAACCUGGCAGCUCCCUCCACUCCCUUUAUAUCUACUGUGAACUGUUAACUGAUCUCAGAGCCUCAGGUCUGUUUCAUCUACAUGGAGGUGUUGAGGUCCUAACAGAUGAACAGUUUACAGGACGAGUCCAGUGUGACAAAGACGUCCUCAGAGAGGGACGACUCAGACUUCAUGUGUCCAGACUCAGGACUGAUGACUCAGGACUGUACAUGUGUGAAGUGUCCACACGUUAUGGCGGCAGCACUGCUACAUGUCGGCUCACUGUCACUGCUGCUGAUGAGCCCAAACCUCAGAGACCAACAGAGAGUCCACAACCAGAGAGUCCACAACCAGAGAGUCCACAACCAGAGAGUCGAGGAAGGAUCGGCCUUUACGUUGGACUGGGACUGGCAGCAGCUCUACUGUUUGUCUGUACCAUCUUUGCAGUCAAAGUCUAUUUAACUAAAUGUACUGAUAAGAAAGAAAACGAUGCAUCCACAGACACUGAUGUUACCAGAGAAACAACUCAUGAGGACGUACAGGAGCCUGUGAGUGAGUCAUUAGAGCACUGAUUCAAGACCUGAAUGUCCAGCAGCAGCCCUGCCCCUAACUCAACAACUCAAAACACUGCAGUUUUAUCAGUGAGACUGGUAUUUCUCCACUCAAAGUCCACAAAGUAGUUGCGCUUCCCUGUGGAAUAUCAUCCGGCCUCACCUCAGAUUCUCCGCCACGGGUAUCAAGGGAUCCUACGGAGCCUCCACGCCCGAAACAACGCUGGACUUGACUGUCAUGACAUGUCAGCUUAAUUAAAAGCAUAGCUGCAAAUUAAAGCAACAAUAGACCAAUAGAUGAAUGGGCGUUAUUAGCUCCGGCACCCGCGCCUCGGCUGGAUCUUGCACGCCACGGAUCCAGUGUGUUGCCAUAAAUGGGCCUGUUCCAGAGGCAUUCAACUACCAGAGAGCUUUUGAAAUCUUCUUUUUUUCGAAGCCGCGUUAAAUUAAAUACUCUGAUUCAUUGUGCCAUACUUGCAAAUCGUGAGGGAAGGAGGAAAGCAGUCGCCUAAUUUGUGUCUUUGUGCGUAAUUAUUUUGAGUCUUACCUUUUGUUUCCUUUUAGCAUUGUGUAUUUUGUAUUGUUUUGCGUAUCUGUAACUGUAUUUGCGAGUGAGAGUUUUAAAAGAAUAUUUUGUCUGCACAUGAUUUAAAACAAUAAAAUAGCCCCAUCAUAGGCGUGUCUAGCCCAUUUUUGGGGGUGCUGAAGCACCUCCAUAUUGAAUCCCAGCACCCCUAAAAUUUGAGAGAUUAAAAAUUUUUUUUUUUUUACUGUAUGUCCCUUUUUAACAAGCUAGAAAAGUGUCAAAACCAUAUAGUACUUGGUUGCAACGUAAUAUCUUAACAACAAAAAUACAGCCCCCCCCCCCCUUCAUUUUUGCUGCAUUUAAUCGUAGGUCACUGUUUAUGUUGUCAGGUAGGAGUUAGCUGACGUUUUUUCUAGCUAGGAAACGUUACAGGUGGUCAGUACCACUGUCCUCUGUUUGAACUGGAAUGAGAGAAGCUCGCUGUUGUGUCAUGUGCAUGUGUUAAUAUUAAAGCCAAGGUGCUACUGACUAGCUAACUGACUGGAUGCCCAUUAACAUUAGAACUUCUACUGUGUGUAUUUAUUAUUAUUAUUAUUUUGUAGAUUUCAAGCACUUUUCUUUUUUGAAGUGUAUUUUUAUUUAUGUAUUUGUAUCAUAUAAUACAGACAAGAAGGAAAAAGGCAGAGACAAACACUGAAAAAGUCAAUUACUGUUAAUGUGUUAAUGUUACAUGUUGUGCAUUU